UUCCAGCUGUCCCUCAGUCGGUCGGGAUUUCAGAUCCACGGGAGAGUCGCCGGAAAGGGCUUUGGUGAUAAAACAGCACCGUUGGGGGAGAAUAUAUAACAUUUCAUGCUAAUAUAAGCACGUAACGAGCUUCUUUAUCCAGCAUUUCAGGAUGGAAACUGAACUAUGAGGUAUUGUGUAGUGCAGAAGACUGAGUGAACCAUGGCCCAGUUCCCCACCACAUUCACAGGUCCAGAUGUUUUUCUGAUCUCAGUGGAUGAGAGAGCCAAACAUGAUCAGCAGUUUCACAGUCUUUCUCCCACUGCCGGGGGUUACAUCACAGGCGACCAAGCCAGGAACUUCUUCCUUCAAUCAGGAUUGCCCCCUCCCAUCCUGGCCCAAAUCUGGGCCUUGGCUGAUAUGAACAGUGAUGGCCGUAUGGACAUCCACGAGUUCUCCAUCGCCAUGAAACUCAUAAAACUGAAACUCCAGGGUCACCCUCUGCCCCCCUCGCUUCCUCCCAGUAUGAAACAACCCCCACUGCCUUUACCCCCACCGACUGGCUUUGGCAUGCCCCCCAUGGCUUCCAUCACAGCUCCUCUUUCAGGCGUGCCUCCGCUCCCCCUCCCACCUCUCCCUGUAGGGGUGUCUCCCCCGCUGGUCUCAUCGGCCCCGCCUCCCCUCCCCCAGCCCAUCGCCAAUGGAGCUCCUCCCACAGGCAUCAUGCAGCCCAUCUCAGGCUUCUCCCACACAGCUCCCUCUGUCAACAAGUCAUCUUCAUUUAAUCGUUCCAGUAUCAAGCUGCAGAAGGGGUCUUCCUUUGAAGCUGCUAGUGCUCUGCCCCCCCCUGACUGGGCCGUUCCUCAGUCCUCCCGCCUGAAGUAUAGACAGCUUUUCAACUCUCAUGACAAAAUGAUGAGCGGACACCUCACAGGUCCUCAGGCUCGUACUAUUCUGAUGCAGUCCAGUCUUCCUCAGGGCCAGCUGGCCACGAUAUGGAGUCUAUCAGAUAUUGACCAGGAUGGAAAGCUGACCGCGGAGGAGUUCAUCUUAGCCAUGCACCUCAUAGAUAUGGCCAUGUCAGGGUUACCGUUACCACCUGUCUUACCCCCAGAUUACCUCCCACCCACCUUCAGGCGGGUACGAAGUGACAGUGUUCAGUCAGACCAGAAGAGCGUUCAAGAUGAGCUGGAGGAGGAGACAGAGUGCAGCCAGGACAAGAAACUACCAGUGACAUUUGAGGAUAAGAAAAGGGAGAACUUUGAACGAGGAAACCUGGAGUUGGAGAAGAGACGCCAGGCUCUGCAGGAGCAGCAGAGGAAAGAGCAGGAGAGGCUGGCUGCACUGGAGAGGGAGGAGCUGGAGAGAAAGGAGCGUGAGCGUAUGGAGCAGGAGAGGAAACGACAACAUGAAUUGGAAAAACAACUGGAGAAGCAGAGAGAGUUUGAGAGGAUGAAAGAAGAGGAGAGACGCAAGGAGAUAGAGAGGAGAGAGGCUGCCAAGCGUGAAUUGGAGCGUCAGCGUCAGCUCGAGUGGGAGCGUCAACGUCGCCAGGAGCUCCUGACUCAAAGAAACCGAGAGCAGGAGAGUAUAGUGCUGCUCAAAGCCAGGAAGAAGACCCUUGAGUUUGAACUCGAGGCUCUGAAUGAUAAGAAGUCUCAGUUAGAGGGCAAAUUGAAGGAUGUCCGGUUUCGUCUAUCGGCUCAGCGACGAGAGGUGGAGCAGACCAAUCAGACAAGAGAAACUCGAAUUGCAGAAAUCACCCUCCUGCAACAGCAGCUGCAGGACUCCCAGCAGUGGUUGGGGAGGCUGAUCCCUGAUAAACAGAGUCUCAACGAUCAGCUGAAACAGGUUCAACAGAACAGUCUGCAUCGUGAUAGCCUGUCAUCUCUGCAGAAGGCUGUGGAGCAGAAGGAGUCCAGCAGACAGCAGCUCAGAGAACAGUUAGAUGCUGUGGAGAGGGAAACAAGGGCAAAACUGCUGGAAAUAGACGCUUUCAAUACCCAGCUCAAGUCUCUGUGUGAGUUCUAUGCCAACCACUGUGCCAGGAUAGAAGCCCUUCGACGCCAGCUUCAGGAGGAACAGAGGGGGAGACAGGAGCUGAGAGAGAUCCACAGCCGGCAGCAGAGACAGAAGCAAAAGGACAUGGAAGGAGACACGCUCUCACUGACACACACACACUCUCACAUGCACACACCCAUCGAGAGAAAGUCUGCUGAACUGCAGGAGAGCAGGUUGUCAUCAGAUGAAGGUGUGGCCUGGAGGGACGAAACAGCAGGCUCUGCCCCCAGACUCCCUAGCCCUGCCUCCAUCUCUGCACCCCAUGCCUGGCUGAACCGAGUGACUCAGGAAGAGGAGGAGAGGAAGAGGAGAGGGCUGGAGGAGGAGGAAGAAGGACUGAAGGGAGCAGGAUCAUCAGAUGAGAAGGAGGAUGAGGGGAGAGGAAAGAAGGACAUGCAAGAGAAACUGAACAAGUUGUUCAGCCAGCCGCCCGACCCCUGGGCUUCAUCAGUGGAAAAGGUUCCAGUACCCGGUCUGUUUGAGCAGAAGGUGGCAGUCACCGCCUUUGACCAGCAGCAGCAGCCAGUGAAGGUGGUCUACUACAGCUUGUAUCCCUUUGAUGCUCGCAGCCAUGAUGAGAUCAGUAUCGCUCCUGGAGAUGUGAUCAUGGUGGAUGAAUCUCAAACAGGGGAACCUGGCUGGCUGGGAGGAGAGCUCAGGGGGCGAACUGGUUGGUUUCCUGCCAAUUAUGCUGAACGGAUACCUGACAGCGAAGCGCCAAUCAGCCUGCGUUCGUCAGCCUCAGCCACACCCACGACAGCCCAGCAGCCAAUGAGCACGCCUCCCCCAGCUCCUGGACAAAACACCUCCUCUGCGUCCUCCACCAACAGCAACUGGGCUGAUUUUAGCACCACAUGGCCCUCCAACACAGCAAGUCAGUCAGAGAGCGAAGGGUGGGACGCAUGGCCAACCUCGUCAGCAAGUCAGAACCCCUCCCUCAGCGUUCCCUCAGCACAGCUACGACAACGCUCUGCCUUCACACCUGCUACCAUGACAGCAGGCUCCUCCCCCUCUCCUGUGCUUGGACAGGGGGAGAAGGUAGAGGGUCUGCAGGCUCAGGCUUUGUAUCCAUGGAGAGCAAAGAAGGACAACCACCUCAACUUCAACAAAAACGAGAUAAUAACAGUGUUGGAGCAGCAGGACAUGUGGUGGUUAGGUGAGCUGCAGACUGGACAGAGAGGCUGGUUCCCCAAAAGUUACGUCAAGCUCAUCUCUGCCACCAUGGGGGCCCCUGUUAGUGUCGCAUCACGCAGCAAAAACACAAGUGAGUCUGGAGGAACUGACAGCCCACCCAAUGGGAAACGCCCCUCCCCCCUCCCAACAAAACCCUCAGAUUCUGGAGAAGAGUAUGUGGCCAUGUACACCUAUGAGAGCAGCGAACAAGGGGACCUCAGUUUCCAGCAAGGAGAUGUUGUUGUGGUGACCAGGAAAGAAGGGGAUUGGUGGACAGGCAUGGUUGGGGGAAAGACAGGAGUUCCUUCCAAUUAUGUCAAACCUCGAGACUCAGUCUCAGAGUCUUUGGGACCAUCAGGGAAGACAGGCAGCCUGGGAAAGAAGCCAGAGAUCGCUCAGGUGAGCCCCUACAGCGCUACAGGAGCAGAGCAGCUGACAUUAGCUCCAGGACAGCUCAUCCUCAUCAGAAAAAAGAACCCAGGGGGCUGGUGGGAGGGUGAGCUACAGGUAAAGGGGAAAAAGCGCCAAAUAGGUUGGUUUCCAGCCAACUACGUGAAGCUGCUCAGUCCGAGCACCAAGACUACGCCAACAGAGCCCACCCCUCCGAAACUGGCUCCUCCCAGCACAGGUACACUCACAUUCACACAGCCUGUGUGUCAGGUGAUCGGCAUGUACGACUGUGCCCAAAACGACGACGAGCUGGCCUUCCAGAAAGGUCAGGUGAUCACAGUGCUCAACAAGGACGACUGUGAUUGGUGGAAAGGAGAGCUCAAUGGGAGGGAGGCGUUUCCUAGCAACUACGUCAAACUUACCACAGAUACCGAUCCAAGCACGCAGUGGUGUGCUGACCUCCACCUGCUUGACAUGCUGAGUCCCAUGGAGAGGAAGAGGCAGGGAUACAUUCAUGAGCUGAUUGUCACUGAGGAGAACUACGUCAAUGACCUGCAGCUUGUCACAGAGAUCUUCCACAAGCCUCUGCUGGAGUGUGAGCUGCUGACAGAGAAGGAGGUGGCCAUGAUAUUCGUCAACUGGAAGGAGCUCAUCAUGUGCAACAUCAAACUGCUCAAGGCUCUGAGGGUGAGGAAGAAGAUGUCAGGUGAUCGGAUGCCUGUGAAGAUGAUUGGUGACAUCCUGACCAACCAGCUGCCUCACAUGCAGCCAUAUAUCAGAUUCUGUUCAUGUCAGCUGAACGGAGCCACGCUGAUUCAGCAGAAAACAGACGACAACCCUGAGAUCAAAGACUUCCUGAAGAGGUUAGCUAUGGAUCCCAGGUGUAAGGGGAUGCCUCUGUCCAGCUUCCUGCUCAAGCCCAUGCAGAGAGUCACUCGCUACCCACUCAUCAUCAAGAACAUCUUAGAAAACACUCCAGAGUCUCAUCCAGACCACAGCCACCUGAAAGCUGCUCUGGAGAAAGCUGAGGAGCUGUGCUCACAGGUGAAUGAGGGCGUCAGAGAAAAGGAGAACUCAGACCGUCUGGAGUGGAUUCAGGCUCACGUCCAGUGUGAAGGCCUGUCUGAGCAACUGGUGUUUAACUCAGUCACAAACUGUCUGGGUCCCAGGAAGUUUCUCCACAGCGGAAAGUUAUUUAAAGCCAAGAGCAGCAAGGAGCUCUACGGCUUCCUGUUCAAUGAUUUCUUGCUGCUGACACAGGUUACCAAACCUCUGGGCUCUUCAGGUUCAGACAAAGUCUUCUCCUCAAAAACACACCUGCAGUACCGCAUGUACAAAACGCCAAUUUUCCUGAACGAAGUGUUAGUGAAGCUGCCGACAGACCCGUCAGGAGAUGAACCUCUCUUCCACAUUUCUCACAUAGACAGAGUUUACACACUCAGAGCUGAGAGCAUCAAUGAAAGGACAGCUUGGGUUCAGAAAAUUAAGGCAGCUUCAGAACUCUUUAUUGAGACAGAGAAGAAGAAGAGAGAGAAGGCAUAUCUAGUACGAUCUCAGAGGGCUACAGGUAUUGGCAGACUGAUGGUCAACAUUGUGGAGGGAAUCGAGCUCAAACCCUGUCGCUCACAUGGAAAAAGUAACCCAUACUGUGAGGUAACCAUGGGUUCACAGUGCCAUAUCACUAAAACAUUACAGGACACUUUGAAUCCAAAGUGGAACUCCAAUUGUCAGUUUUUUAUAAAGGACCUGGAACAGGACGUCCUCUGUGUCACUGUGUUUGAGCGAGACCAGUUCUCACCUGACGAUUUCCUGGGCAGGACGGAGAUCCGGUUGGCUGAAAUAAAGAAGGACCAGGGCUCUAAAGGACCAAUCACAAAGCGGUUGCUGCUCCACGAGGUCCCCACGGGAGAGAUUGUGGUCAGACUGGACCUCCAGCUGUUUGAAGAACCAUAAAAUCUGGACGAGGCCAUACUGGACUGGGUUUGCCCCAAAGGACCUAAAAGAUAUGGUUUGAACAUGACAACUGGGUUGGACUUGACUGGACUGGACUGGAUCGGAUUAACUCAGUAUGGGCCAGUUUGGUUUCUUAGUGCUUUCAUGCUUUUAGAUUUAGAAUGGAUAGUGCAAUCAACAGGUAAAGCCUUAUUUUAGGCUUUAUUUUUAUGAAGUAGCUGAGUGCCCAAGCAACAGACCCCCAAAAUUACAUUUUGGUUGGAUUAUUGUUAUUUGGGAAUUUGUACCACUGUUAAGUAAGAAAUUCAGAUGCAGCUAACAGUCGAACUCGCCAUGAAAUUUGGCUAAAAUACAGUUGGGCACAUUUUCUCAGUAGACUGAAUGUUCAUAGUAACAUGCUGUCUUUCGCUCCUUUAACUGUCUUAUUUACUAUUUGGAGGAUAUGUGGAGUACGAUUAAAUCCACAUGCUAGUCAGUUAUUUAACAGCGCUGUAGUACCAACACAGACAGAAGGGGGCAGUAUGACGUAUUUCCCUUCUUUCAAACAAAGCUAUCUUGAACUACUUUCUCCAGUGGAAAUAGGGAAUUCACAGUAUAUUUUCCGUGUACAUAUCAUUUUUGAAUUAUUAAAUGCUGUGUGAACCCUCAUUUCUACAGGUUCUGAUGAAUCAAAAGUAGGCCAUAUUUGAGGCUAAAAGUGUCUUAUAAAGAAUAUGGUCUUAAAAUAUGUAGCAGUCUCUAUUUUGAUGAAAUGGAAAAUAGAAACAACGAAAACACUCUUAAACAAGCAUUUCUUAUGGUCGACUUCACUGUGCUAACAGGUUAGCUAGCUCAUGAGCAAUUAUCUUGUAGUACCAAGGAAUCAAAAUACAAAUCCUGUCUCCAUUCCAGUCCGGUCCAGUCUACAUCCCACCUCCUUCAUCAUGGCCCAGAUCAGUGUUUUAGUCCACUCUGGUCCAGUUCAAUCAUCAUUAGUCCUCUUGGAGGUCAGAGCCGGGUCUUUAGCGUUUCCUCUUCCUCUGCUUCACCAGACAGUCUCACAGACACUCCAGUGACAAUCCCAGCCCUCCUUGUUCAUCCCAACAAACCCAAAACCCUGGAUGUGUGUAAAAAAAAGUGUGUGUGUGUGUGUGUGUGUGUGUGAGGGCAAGACAGAGAGCUGGUGCGAAUGACUGUAUGUGGAUGUGUCAAGGUGGACAGGCUAAUUAAAGGUACUGUUUCCUUUAUUUUUUAUGUCAAGUCUUACAAAAGUCUCUGUCAGAGUCUUAAAGUCAAGCGUUGAGGUACUGUGCACCUAAAGGGGCUUUUGAAUCUUUGCUCUGUUUGGGCCUUCACUGCACACUUGUCACAUUAUCUCAGAGAGUGCUAAAUAUGUACAGAUGAGAAAUGCUAAUGAUGCUAAUAUGCUGAAGAUAAAGAAAGUGUUUACUCCAAUAUAUGACAAGUGUCCAGUGUAGAGAAAUUACAGACCUGUCAGGAUGCCCCUUUCAGAUGUAUCAAUAAUAAUAAAAAUGCUGAUAAUGACAUGGCUGAAACCAAGGCAACCAGGGAACAGGUGUGACAGCUAAUUUUAAUACUGUAAGAGGAAUGUCUUAUUUUAUAUGAUUUUUUGGGGAUGUUGGACACUGAUCGGGUUGUAGUUUUAGGUGAUUUUAGCCACACAUCUAACCUCUGUUGUCAUGUUGCUGCUGUGCAGAGCGGUCACCGUGGUCGUCACUAUGCAGGGAACAACAACCCUGAAAAAAUCUGAGGGUCCAAAGCUGGAUAGAGACCCUCAAACAUGCUAAGUAAUGCAUACAUGUAUUAACCAGAGACAGACUUUAGUACAUUUCCACACUCUAACCCUGAGGUAGCUCAGUGUCAAAAGCACUUUUCAAAACUACACUGUCGCUUAGAGGCGAGCAAGUCACAACUCAUCAGAUGUUUGGCCAUUUUGAAUACUCAUGGCAGGAUACUUGAUUGAACAUUUAAAACAAACAUUUUACAUUUUUAGCUGAUGUUAUUCUUGAAAUAACUUCAAUAAAUGAUCCUCUUAUUUCAGCAAUUUUCCCCUGAACCCAGGCACUUUAAUCUGAGGGAGCCAGACAGAAAUAUAUCAUGCUGUUUUUUUAAACUUAUUUUCUGCCAAGGAUUUAUCUACAGUUGGCAGCUGAGGAUAAGCAAGUAUUUCUAAUGUCUAUGGAUUAAAUCAAAAUAAACAUGCUCACUGAUGUGUGCACCUUAGACUCUGAGUGGGCGCUGGAGGUGCAGAGGUUUGAGACUGGGUUAGUGAGAUACAUUUGUGGCUUGUUUUAGCCUUUUUGAUUUGUGGACAGUAGGGAAAAUGUAGAACAUCACAAGUUAAACCGUUAAAAGUGAGAAUUUGCAUCACAAAAUAAUAAAAACUGCAGAUGGUUAUAACAAGUGUUACAUUUUCUAAAAACCCUGAGGAAAAAAGCUAAAACACUGAUUAAAGUUAGCUAUGAUUAUAGCAUUCUGAGGUCUUGACAGUAGCAGCCUCCCAUUGGUCAAAAUAUUUUAUGUUUUCAAACCAUUAAAAUAUUUGUGAUGCUGCAGUUUUUGGAUUUGUAAAGAAAGAAGAUUAUUUUUAAAAAUGCUAAAGUUCUGUUUUAGCUUUUAUAGCUGCUGUUGACUUCUGGUGCCUUUACAUUAAGGCUAGCUUUGUUAAGUUGUGCUAAACGCUGAUAUUUUGUUUACAUAUAUAUAUGUUUUCUUGCACUGCUCUUUUUUUCAGCAUAUCAUUAAUGGGAUUUCUUUCUUACAAACUCAGGAGUUACUUUGAAGGCAGCAUUGAUCUUCUUUCCACACCUGAGUAUUCAAAAUGACCACUGCAUUUAUCAGUUGGACAGAUAACGCUGCCAGUCUGGCGGCAGAAUUGCAGAUAUGCUUGCUAAUAUAAAUUGGCAGGUUAGUGAAAAAUAGUUAUUUUAAUUUGUUGCCAAGGUUACCACCACAGGGAUAACCAAUAGUUACCUUAGUGACCAGCCACUGUCCAAUAAGACGUCAGAGAGGCUCAGCCAGGUGCAGCAGCUUGACUGUGGAGGAAGGUGUGAAUGAAUGUUUGUGUCUCUCAAGACUGAAGCUGAUGAUGAAGAAGAUAAUAAUGAAUGAUAAUGAUGAAUUUGUCUUAGAUCCCCAUACUGUUUUCCAGCUCCGCCUCCACGCUGUACUGAAACUAACCUAAUCCAGUUUAAACCCGUUCUCACUGUUCCAGGUUGUGUAUAAUACUACUGCUAUCUGAGAGUUAAUAUAUGAGCGCUACUGGGGCGUUAGAGACAGCCUGCUGUUAAUUAUCACUGUAGAAGAUGAUGUACGUUGUUGUCUUUCAAUGUUCAGAAUAAAUUUCUGUUGGACCAAGA